UUGAAUAUGUAAAAUGGGGAAAACACCGUUCUGUUCUUCUUCUCUUAUAAACAUGUCAACGGUCUUCAAUUCUCACGUGAGGUGAUCAAACAACGCCGCUUCGGUUGAGUCCUGAUUAUGUCUAUGCUUCCUCAGUCAUUCUCUCUGAAUCCUUCCUUCAGCGGCUCCAAUCCUACUUCUGCCAGUGCUAACGCCAACGUCGCCAACGCCGCCCACGCUAACAAGGACCGUAAAAUGGCGUCCGCUGAGCAGUUGGUACUUGAGCUUAGUAACCCUGAUCUUAGAGAGAACGCACUUCUUGACCUCUCCAAGAAGAGGGAGAUAUUCCAAGAUUUGGCCCCAUUGUUGUGGAAUUCUUUUGGUACUAUUGCUGCACUCUUACAGGAGAUAGUAUCAAUAUAUCCUGUGCUUUCACCGCCAACACUAACACCUGGAGCAUCCAACCGAGUUUGUAAUGCACUCGCUCUACUUCAGUGUGUAGCUUCUCAUCAAGAUACAAGGACAUUGUUCCUAAAUGCCCAUAUACCUCUGUAUCUUUACCCUUUCCUCAAUACAACAAGUAAGACAAGACCAUUUGAAUAUCUGAGGCUUACCAGCUUGGGUGUUAUUGGUGCCCUUGUAAAGGUUGAUGAUACAGAAGUUAUUAGCUUCCUGCUCUCUACGGAAAUAAUCCCUUUGUGCCUGCGCACAAUGGAGAUGGGUAGUGAGCUUUCAAAAACAGUGGCUACAUUUAUAGUUCAAAAAAUUCUGUUGGAUGAUGUGGGGCUGCAUUAUAUUUGUGCAACAGCAGAGCGGUUCUUUGCCGUGGGUCGUGUUUUAGGAACCAUGGUUCAGUCUCUUGCCGAGCAGCCUUCUCCUCGUCUGCUGAAACAUAUCAUUCGUUGUUAUCUUAGACUGUCAGAUAAUCCAAGGGCCUGUGAAGCAUUAAGAAAUUGUCUUCCGGAAAUGUUAAGGGAUUCAACCUUCAAUAGUUGCCUUCAUGAAGAUCAAACCACCAACCGUUGGUUGCAACAGUUGGUUCAUAAUGUUGCAGCAGGUGGCAGGGUUACUGCACUUCAAUCUGGAGGAGGAAUUGAACAUAUACUUGGUAGCGGUGUCGUCUAAUUAAAUUUUGUUUUGUGUUUGGCCGGCAUAAUCCAGGCACUGAAGCGCCAUAGAAAAGAUCAUUUUAU